GUUUCUUUUUAGUUUCUUCUGAGUUUCAACUUAUUUAAAGGCAGACCCUUUUUCUUACUUAUCCUCUGCAAAGUUAUGGCUUUGCUUGAGAGUAUAAUCUUAGGGCUUAUUACAGGAUGGUUAGCUUUUGUUGUUGGAUUGAUUAUUGGAUGGACAUGGAAACCAAGAUGGGUUUCUUCAUCUUCUGAUAAUCGACAAGUGAAAUUACAAUGUUCUGCUCCAAGAUCUUUUGAUUUGUCUUUACCAUCUUCUUCUCCAAGUUCUGUUGUUACUUCUCCUUUAAAGGGUUUUGGAUCAGCUCCUUGCUUAAAGGCUCUUGUUUGUGAUACAUGGACUAUGGCUUUAAGACAACAGAGAACAGUUUCUCCUGAUUCUUCUUCUUCAUCAUCUGAUUCUUGUGAACAACAUGUGGGUUUAGUUUCAAGAGUGAAGAAAUCUGAGGAGAGAUUGCCUAAUACUGUUACUGAGUUAGAUUUGAGACAUCUUGUGCAAUUGGUUGAGAGGAAAGAUGGUGGUCAAGCUUGGAUUCAGAUGAUGGAUCGUUUUACUCCUGGUAUGAGAUAUCAAGCUUGGUUGAGAGAACCUAAGAAUGGUCCUACUGAGUAUAGAAGCAGAACUGUGUUUGAAGAUGCAACUCCGGAGAUUUUAAGAGACUUUUUCUGGGAUGAUGAGUUUAGACCAACUUGGGAUACAAUGCUUUCUAAUUCCUCAACUGUUGAAGAGUGUCCAAGUACUGGAACCAUGAUUGUUAGAUGGAUACGCAAGUUCCCGUUCUUCUGCAGUGAUAGAGAGUAUGUGAUCGGUCGCAGGAUAUGGAAUUGUGGAAACUCUUAUUAUUGUGUGACAAAGGGAGUAUCGGUUCCUUCUAUACCGCCUAACAACAAACAAAAACGCGUGGAUUUGUUCUAUUCGAGCUGGUGCAUUCGGCCAGUUGAAUCAAGAAGAGACGAUGGAUUAACAAGUGCUUGUGAAGUACUUCUAUUCCACCACGAAGACAUGGGGAUACCAAGAGAAAUCGCAAAGCUCGGAGUGAAACGAGGAAUGUGGGGAGCAGUGAAGAAGAUGGAACCCGGUUUACGUGCUUACCAAACACAAAGACUCUCAGGAGGAGGAACCAAGCUUUCUCGGUCUGCUUUCAUGGCUCAAAUCAACACCAAGAUCACACAAGACCAUCUCAUUUCGCUAAGCAACGGCGCAUCGCCUGUCACUGAAACUCCCGUUACACUGAACCAAGGAAACCGAGCUGCGAAUCUGAAGAAACUGUUGAUUAUCGGUGGAGCUGUAGCAGUUGUAUGCAGUUUGAGCGGAGGGGCUUUUGUUCCUCCUGCGUUUCUUUUAGGGUUUGGUAAAAGGUUUGUUAAUGGUGGAAAAAAACGUCAGCUCGAAGGAACAACAAGAAGUCAGAGUCAGACCACUUCUCCAUAGAAGCAUCUUGAAACCAAGAAUAUAGAUAAAAGCAUAUAAAUUUAGAUUCGUUUUUAGUAGAAUGAGAAUAAUCCAAAACGCAGAUGAUUCCAAGAUUAGUUUAUAGAAUUGGAAUAAGCUGUCUGAUUAAUC